CUGCGCGGUAUUUGAAUCCUGGAGCUAGGCGACUUCGCGAGUAUCUCCAGCGGUGCGGUCCGGGAGAGAAGUUCUAACCGCGCCGCGGUAGAUAGUGCUCUUGGUUUCCAGUCCGCGUCCCUCCUUGGGCCGGGCUGCCACUCGUGCCUGUCCCGGUCCUCAUGGCGCUGCUCCGACGCCCGACGGUUUCCACUGAUCUAGAAAAUAUUGACAUAGGAGUUAAUCCCAAACCUAAGAGUCAUGUGACUGUCAGGCGGGCAGUUUUAGAAGAAAUUGGAAAUCGAGUUACAACCAGGACCACACAAGCAGCUAAGAAAGCUCAAAACACCAAAAUACCUGUUCCACCCACCAAAACGACCAAUGUCAACAAGCACCUGAAACCUACUGCCUCUGUGAAGCCAGUGCAGAUGGAAGUGUUGGCUCCAAAGCGCCCUUCUCCCGCCCCUGAGGAUAUCUCCAUGAAGGAGGAGAACCUCUGCCAGGCCUUCUCUGACGCCUUGCUCUGCAAAAUCGAGGAUAUCGAUAAUGAAGAUUGGGAGAACCCUCAGCUCUGCAGCGACUACGUGAAGGAUAUCUACCAGUACCUGAGGCAGCUUGAGGUUCUGCAGUCCAUAAAUCCACACUUCUUAGAUGGGAGAGAUAUAAACGGACGUAUGCGCGCCAUCCUGGUGGACUGGCUGGUGCAAGUCCACUCCAAGUUUAGGCUGCUGCAGGAAACUCUGUAUAUGUGCGUCGCCAUCAUGGAUCGAUUUUUACAGGUUCAGCCAGUCUCUCGGAAGAAGCUUCAGCUGGUUGGGAUUACAGCUCUGCUCCUGGCUUCCAAGUAUGAGGAGAUGUUUUCUCCAAAUAUCGAAGACUUCGUUUACAUCACAGACAAUGCUUAUACCAGUUCCCAAAUUCGAGAAAUGGAAACUCUGAUUUUGAAAGAGCUGAAAUUCGAGUUGGGUCGACCUUUGCCGCUACACUUCUUAAGGCGAGCUUCGAAAGCCGGGGAGGUCGACGUUGAACAGCACACGUUAGCCAAAUAUCUGAUGGAACUGACUCUCGUUGACUAUGACAUGGUGCAUUAUCACCCUUCUAAGGUGGCAGCAGCUGCUUCCUGCCUGUCCCAGAAGGUUCUAGGCCAAGGAAAAUGGAACUUAAAGCAGCAAUAUUACACUGGAUAUACGGAGAGUGAAGUGUUAGAAGUCAUGCAGCACAUGGCCAAGAACGUAGUGAAAGUAAACGAGAACUUAACAAAAUUCAUCGCCGUCAAGAAUAAGUAUGCAAGCAGCAAGCUCCUGAAGAUCAGCACGAUUCCUCAGCUGAACGCAAAAGCCAUCAAAGAGCUCGCCUCACCUCUCAUGGGACGGUCCUAGGCUGCCCUGGCCGUCGGGGAGCAGUGCUUCGGCCGUGCACUUUGUCUUACGGAUUUGGAACUCCUGACUUUGUAUAUAGUCCUCUGGUCUAUUUCCUGAAACCUUUUCUCAGACCGAUUUUCUAAAUGUAUAUUGAGGAAAAAUAAAGCUAUUAAUUUUUCUUAAGGUA